AUGCAGGGCAGCAAAAGAGAGGUACCCCCUCCAGAUGCUCAGGGGGGCCCCCAGGGGGCCCCCGAGGGCCUCGCAAGGCGGCGCAGGGUUCAAUUUGCUGCAGAGCCUGCAAUUCAUGAAGCAGCAGCAGCAGCAGAUGAAUACGAAGACGAUUCUCCAGCAGCAACAGCAGCAGCUGCUGCAGCUGCAGCAGCAGCAGCAGGCGAAGAUGAACCCUCGUUGGCGGAUAUCCUUGAUGCAAAGUACUCAAAGACGAAGGUUGAAGACAUCCGCAGACAAAAGAAAUUAAUGUUAAAAGGAGCUUCGCGUUUAGGGUUAGGGCCCCUUGCUUUAGACUUUGCUACGUCGAACUGUGCAGCAGCAGCAGCAGCAGCAGGAGAAGACGAUCCAAACCAAGUGAGGGGUUUUAAUUAA